CUUAUGGGUAAAGAGCGCUGCUGUCGUCGUGUUGAUGUCAGAGUCACAAACUCGAGCUGGAAUAUUGAAGAACGGAUCCGCAAUACCGGCAGACGGAUCUAUCGACUCUACUGACGAGAUGUGGACACACAUGCUUUGGAAAACGCUUGCGAGGAACUUAAAAUAAUCCAAUUUAUACGGAAAUCCUUGUACAGGAUCAAAUAAAACGCGCUGGCGUGUUGCAGGAAUGCGUUUGGAGUUUGUGAUCUGCUAAACUCAACAGAUUAUCACUUUUGAAAACUGCUGGGUUGUUUAUGAACUGGGAAGAUUUGAAGUCAGGAUCAGCCAGGAGAGGAGAGGGGGAGAAUAGGGGAGACAGGAGGAGGGGAGGAGAGAAGAGAGGGGUGAGAGGCGGGAGGAGAGGGGCGCCCAGAAAACGCCCUGCUGCUGAAGCGUCUAAAAAUUAAAACUUUAUCGCGCCAUUGACUGUAGGGUACAACUCUGUCACGAUGGGUUGGAAAGUUUGAACGCGCUUGGUUUUUUACAAAUCCACUUUAUAAACUGCUCGAGGGAGGUUUGGGAAAACCUCCGCUGCUCCCAUUGGAUUAUUUUUUCCGCUUUAUUCUGGACAAGUCCGGGGAUCUUUUUUGGAGGGCGGCGAGUCCGAGGCUGUCUAGGCCCACGGCCACCGCUCGACAACUUGAACGAAGGUCUUGUAUAUUUCAUGUGAACCAGAAAAGUUGGGCAGAUCGCUCCUCAUCGCUCAGCCUGGCGCCAGGAGAAGAGAAAAAUGUCGCUGGGAGCGGAGAGAAGGAUGGAAAACCGGCUGAGAAAGCUGGAAGCCAUGAUCAAAGACCCGCGGUCUGCGAUCAACUUGGAAAGUUUGCUGGACUCCAUGAAUGCUUUGAUCUUGGACCUGGACUUUCCGGCCUUACGUAAAAAUAAGAACAUAGAGACCUUCUUAAACAGAUAUGAGAAGGUUAUGUGUCGUAUUCGGGAACUCCAGAUGAAGCCGGAGGAUUUCGAAAGAGUGAAGGUGAUCGGUAGAGGAGCAUUUGGAGAAGUUCAGCUGGUUAGGCAUAAAGCCUCUCAGAAGGUCUAUGCAAUGAAGGUGCUCAGUAAGUUUGAAAUGAUCAAACGUUCAGACUCCGCCUUCUUCUGGGAGGAACGUGACAUCAUGGCAUUUGCAGACAGUCCGUGGGUCGUACAGCUGUGCUGUGCGUUCCAGGAUGACCGCUCGCUCUAUAUGGUUAUGGAGUACAUGCCAGGAGGAGAUCUCGUCAAUCUCACCAGCACGUAUGACGUUCCUGAGAAGUGGGCAAAGUUCUACACGGCCGAGGUCGUGUUGGCUUUGGACGCCAUUCACUCCAUGGGCUUCAUUCAUCGAGACGUCAAACCGGACAACAUGCUGCUGGACCGCAACGGGCACCUUAAACUCGCAGACUUCGGGACAUGCAUGAAAAUGGAUGAGACAGGGAUGGUUCACUGUGAUACUGCAGUUGGUACCCCGGAUUACAUCUCACCAGAGGUACUCAAGUCUCAAGGAGGGGAUGGUUGCUACGGCCGGGAGUGUGACUGGUGGUCAGUAGGAGUAUUUAUCUACGAGAUGCUGGUCGGUGAUACACCAUUUUACGCUGAUUCUCUGGUGGGGACCUACAGUAAGAUUAUGGAUCAUAAGAACUCGCUUAACUUCCCCGAUGAUGUUGAGAUCUCUCAAGAAGCCAAAAACAUCAUCUGCGCCUUCCUAACAGACAGAGAAAUUCGGCUUGGUCGAAGCGGUGUAGAGGAAAUUAAAAAACACCCUUUCUUCAAAAACGACCAGUGGACCUUCAGCACCAUUAGAGAGACUUCAGCUCCUGUGGUUCCAGAACUAAGCAGUGAUAUAGACACUAGUAAUUUUGAUGAGAUAGAAGAGGAUAAAGGAGAAGUUGAGACCUUUCCUACAACCAAAGCCUUUGUUGGCAAUCAGUUGCCCUUUGUUGGCUUCACCUACUUUAAAGAAGACCAGUUGUUGAAAGAUGUCAACAGUUCAGCAAUGAGAAAUGAUCAUCCCACAUCCAGCAAUAUAGAGGACAAUUUAGCUCUUCAGAAGAAACUUCACUCCCUGGAGGAGCAGCUCAAUAUUGAGAUGCAGGCCAAAGAUGAACUGGAGCAAAAAUACAGAAGCAACUUCAGCCGCCUGGAAAAGAUCACCAAAGAGCUUGAUGAAGAGAUAAAUGGCAGGAAAGUGUUGGAGACGUCUCUGAGACAGCUGGAGAGAGAGAAAGCUCUGCUGCAGCACAAGAGCGUGGAAAGUCACCGCAGAGCCGAAAGCGAAGCUGACCGCAAACGCUGCCUGGAAAAUGAGGUGAACGGUCUGAGAGAUCAGCUGGAUGAGAUGAAAAAGAAGAACCAGAACUCGCACAUUUCCAAUGAGAAGAACAUUCACCUGCAGAAACAGCUGGAUGAGGCGAACGCAUUACUGCGAGCCGAGUCUGACGCAGCUGCACGACUGCGUAAAGCCCAAGCGGAGAGCUCCAAACAGAUGCAGCAGAUGGAGGGUAAUGUGAGAGAACUGCAGGAUAAAUACUGCAUGCUGGAGAACAGCAAGCUCACCCUGGAGAGAGAAAAUAUCACCCUGCAGGCCGCGCUGGACGCAGAGAAACGAGAGCACACCCAGGGCUCUGAGACCAUCUCUGAUCUGCAAGCACGGAUCUCUGGUUUGGAGGAUGAGGUUAAACAAGUGAGACAGGCUCUGUCCAAAGCUGAGACAGAAAAGAGACAACUUCAGGAGAAACUUACAGAUCUGGAAAAGGAGAAGAGCAAUAAAGAGAUUGACAUGACCUAUAAGCUGAAGGUGUUACAGCAGGGCUUGGAGCAGGAGGAAGCGGCACACAAAGCAACAAAAGCUCGACUCGCAGACAAAAACAAGAUCAGCGAGUCUAUCGAAGGAGCCAAAUCUGAGGCUGUGAAAGAUCUGGAGCAGAAGCUGCAGGAAGAACGGUCCUCUAAACAGCGCGUGGAGAACAGGGUUUUGGAAUUGGAGAAGAAAAACUCCAUGCUCGACUGUGACUACAAACAGUCACUGCAGAAGCUCGAGGAACUGAGAAGAAACAAGGAGAGACUCACAGAAGAGGUGAAGAAUCUGUCUCUGAAGAUCGAACAGGAGGUGCAGAAACGUUCUUUGACUCAGAAUGACCUGAAGGUUCAGAACCAGCAGCUCAUCACUCUGCGUACGUCAGAAAAACAACUAAAGCAGGAGAUCAACCACCUUCUGGACAUCAAACGCAGCCUGGAGAAACAGAACAUGGAACUGCGCAAGGAGCGUCAGGACUCUGAUGGGCAGAUGAAGGAACUUCAGGAUCAGUUGGAGGCCGAGCAGUAUUUCUCUACGUUGUAUAAGACACAGGUGCGAGAGCUGAAAGAAGAGUGUGAAGAAAAAAAUAAGCUAUAUAAAGACAUGCAGCAGAAUCUACAAGAGUUGCAGGAGGAGAGGGAUUCUCUCGCAGCUCAGCUGGAGAUCACACUCACGAAAGCUGACUCCGAGCAGCUGGCACGCUCCAUCGCGGAGGAACAGUAUUCCGACCUGGAGAAAGAGAAGAUUAUGAAGGAGCUGGAGAUCAAAGAGAUGAUGGCCAGACACAGGCAGGAGCUCUCUGAGAAGGACACCACCAUCACCUCUUUGGAAGAAGCGAAUCGCACUUUGACGAAUGAUGUGGCAAACCUGGCCAAUGAGAAGGAAGAACUUAACAACAAGCUAAAGGAGGCGCAAGACAACAUGCAGAAUAUUAGAAAUGAAGAGCAGUCCGUUGCGCAAGUAAAACUCACUCUUGAGAAACAGCUGCAGGUGGAGAAAACUCUCAAAACACAGGCGGUGAAUAAACUGGCAGAGAUUAUGAACAGGAAGGAGGUCAGAGGUGGUGGCAGUCGGCGUGGAAAUGAUACAGAUGUCAGAAGGAAGGAGAAAGAGAACAGGAAGUUGCAGCUGGAACUUCGAUCCGAGAGGGAGAAACUCAACAGCUCCAUUAUUAAAUACCAGAGAGAAAUUAAUGACAUGCAAGCGCAACUGGCAGAUGAGUCGCAGGUGCGCAUUGAGCUUCAGAUGGCUCUGGAUAGUAAAGACAGCGAUAUUGAGCAACUUCGCAGCCUGCUGAACUCUCUUAAUGUCCACUCACUUGAUUCUGUCAGUAUGAGCAGUGGUCCAGAUAUAGACACCGAUGAGUCACUUGCAGAGACGAGGUUGGAGGGUUGGUUGUCUUUACCAGUGAGGAACAACACAAAACGCUUUGGAUGGGAAAGAAAGUAUGUUGUGGUGAGCAGCAAGAAGAUUCUGUUCUACAACAGCGAACAGGACAAAGAGCAUUCCAAUCCUUACAUGGUGUUAGACAUAGAUAAACUUUUCCAUGUACGAUCGGUAACCCAGACUGACGUUUAUCGUGCUGAUGCCAAAGAGAUCCCCAGAAUAUUCCAGAUCUUGUAUGCUAAUGAGGGCGAGAGCAAGAAGGAACAAGAAGAGGCUCUUCCUGGGGACAAGUCCAGCUACAUUUGCCAUAAGGGUCAUGAGUUCAUUCCCACCCUCUACCACUUUCCCACUAACUGUGAAGCUUGUACCAAACCCCUGUGGAAUAUGUUCAAACCACCUCCAGCCCUGGAGUGCAGGAGAUGCCACAUCAAGUGCCACAAAGACCACAUGGACAAGAAGGAAGAAAUCAUUGCUCCCUGCAAAGUCAACUACGAUGUGUCUACGGCUAAAAACCUGCUGCUGUUAGCCACAUCUCAAGAGGAACAGCAAAAGUGGGUUGGUCGACUGAUAAAGAAAAUCCCUAAGAAACCUCCGGCACCGGAUGCCCCUCACCGCUCCUCACCCAGAGUUCCCAGUAAAGUACAAGCCAGUCAAUCCUUGAGAAGACCCAGUCGACAAAUACCACCCAGCAAACCCAGGUUUGUAAGCACCGUAAGGGAACCUACAGCGUGCGUGGAGAAAUCUGGCUUCAUCUACCACAAGGGUCAUGAGUUUAUGCCUUUAUUCUACCACUUCCCUGCAAACUGCGAUGCCUGUACCAAACCCCUGUGGAACAUGUUCAAACCACCUCUAGCCCUGGAAUGUCAGAGAUGUCAAAUCAAAUGCCACAAAGAGCACAUGGACAGGAAAGAGGAAGAUCUCAGACCAUGUUCUCCAGACCAAUUCAACCCCCAGUUCUCCGCUGGGUGAGAGGAGAACGUGGCCGACCUGGAUAUUGGAUGGGGACGUAUUGCUUUUUGUUGGGCAGGAUGGCUGUAGGAUGCUUCUGAACCGGCAAAAACCUUUAAGUCUUAAAGGUUACAGUCGUGAUGCUUGCCUCGCAUGUUAACACAUUGUUAUUGCAAAUUCCGGCUAACCAGGUGUCAUACAAAAAGCUUGAACAGUAUUGCAUUAAACUGCUGGGAAUACUGAGUUGGAUGUGAAUCCAAGGCCACAGCUUGUGCACUAACAAUUUCACGCACUCAAGUAUGCAUCAUAAAAUUUGGUGCAGGUUUUACACAUUUUCACAUAGACCUAUAGCUUUAUUGCACAGAUAUGCUGCCUUUACAAAUACCAUAUUGGUUGACCUCAGGAAGCUUUGGGAGGUGAAAUGGUUCAUCUCAACUACACAGAUUACCUCUAAGGUGCCAAGGUGUAUCUUCACCUUCAACUACCUCUAAACCAUACCAGUAAACUUUGUGUUGUGGGAGAUCGAUAAAGGUUUAGUUGAAUGCUCUCUCUCCUCCACCUGCAGGAAUCCCGAUUUAGAGCUUCAGGACUGGCACUGGGCUCUGGAUGACGUGGACGAUGUAGAUUAUGACCACACAUUUAAUUUCUAAGGAGCGUAGGGUUGUAUCAGGGUAAACACAUACAAGCUCUGUUCCAAAACCUAGUCAGCUCCCUAUCUAGGAAGCAUUUUAGGUCAGCAUGAAAGCUAUUUUUGGCUAAAUUCUUAGGUAUCAAGCUAUGUGAAUUAUGCAAAGAAGACAAUCCCAUGAUGCACUGCAAAGAACUCAAUAAAAAAAAGAUAAUCUACAGAAAGAAAUGACAUAAAUAUUUAAGCAUCAGGUUAAACCGUUCUGUUAAGAUGCUGCCUAAGUAGGCUAUAGAAAGCAAGGUUGCUCACUAGGUUGUGGGACAUGGCAAUGGAGUGCUCGCUUAUUUUGGCGUACAGUGGGAUUUGGUUGCUGUUAAAGCAGAUGUGUAUGCAUGUGCGUGUGUGUUCUGUUUGUGUGGCCAAGAUGGGAAAUGGAGAGUUUGCCAUAAACCAAACAUAUACCAAUUGCUCUGCUCAUAAACACCCUCUCCACCCUCAAAAAAUUCAAAUGCUCUUGAAUAUCGACCCCAACAAUUCAUUCAGUGUAAUCGUAUUACUUACUUCGAAAGGAGGGGAGGUUUGUUCAGAGAAUUGGAAUUUGGCCUGUUUCUUGUUUGACCUUUGACCCUCUUGCCCUAGUCCCACCAGACUGGACGUGCCAAAGAUGAGGCGAGCAGACUCCACCAACAGCAUUCUGAACAAAUAAGUCUGUGUGAAUAUGUGUGUGUUUAACAAACUGUCAAGAAGUAAUUUCAUCUGUACUGUAAAAGGAAAAGAGAAUAAGAGAGAAUGUGCAUCAAAAUAGUAUUUUUUUAUUUUAUUGUUACCUUUUGCAAUAAACAUUUGUGACCCUGUUUUGUGUGAAUUUGCAGGUGUUUCAAUAUGCCUCUUUUAAGCAUGCAUGCUGUGGUUCAUUUAUUUCUUCUUGGGUUGUUUAAAUGCGGUGAAAUUAACUUUCUCCCUUUCUUUUUUCUCGAUUUUCCUUCUCUUCUCUAGUUAACCUUAUUUUGGGAAUCUGGUGCUGCUACAUGGUGAUUUGGGGUUCUUCCUGUCGCACCAACAAAAGACCUUUGUCAUAACUUUCCGCACGUUUUGGCAUAUCCAAAAAAGUGAAAGAUGCACAAAUGUUGAUGCAGGUUUGCUGUCGUGAUAAGACUUUUAUUUUCUGGGCAUGUGGUUGCUUUUACUCGGAGCGCACAACAGAUCUACACAGAACAAGGAGGUCAGAACCACACCAAACAUCUUAUUCACUGAAGGCCAGAGUUCAGCUGGACAGAACCUCAUCGGACCGCCUUAGGGACUCGCAAAAGAAUGUGGAUGACAACUAUACCCGAUCUGAUCAGAUCGUAGUGUUUUUUUUUGGGGGGGGGGGUUUGACUUUAAUGGCCGAAUGUAGACAGUAGUACAAGAUAAACGUGGCUACAAAACACCACUAUAUAAAAAUUUUAAUACUUUCAUAAUGCAAUGAAACUAGUUAUUGUAGAGUUUUACAGGUAUUUUAUUUUACAUCUUUGGUUACCCCACCCCAAUGUAUUGUGUGUUUAUUUUCUCUCUUAUCAUAAAUGCAUCCCGUACUGAUUCCCAACAUCAGGGUUCAGCUCAGAUCCUGAAGGGUCACAGUCCUGCAGAGUUUAGCUUCAACCUUAAUCAAAAGUAAUAUCGAAGACCUUGGUUUGAGUAGUGGUUGGAACUAAAUUCUGCAGGAUUGUGUCCUUUUAGGAUCGGAGUUGUGUACCACAUCAUGAGUUGAAUGUAGUCUGAGCAGAACAUAACUGUAAAUGUACUGUAACAGGGAUUGAGAUUUAAAUCCGAUCCGCCCGGAGUCUAUUGCUAUCUGGGAAUGUAAAAUGCAUCUCUCAUUUGUGAUUCAAAACAGAGUCUCGUACCCUAAAAGAAGAACUUGGCCAAAAACUGAUUAACCUUGCAAGCACAUGACUGAACUAUUCGUAAGAUGAAAGAAUGUCUGUAAACCACACGCUUAGGUUCACUACUAUUUUUAUUGGUGAUUUGAAGUGGUCGAUUUUUUUUGUGUGUGUGUGUGAAUUGUCACUCUAGCAAACGCUGUGUAUCUCUGGGUGUGCUAUGGAUACAAAUCCUUGUGUUCUUUUACACUUAUAUAAGUGUAUUCAUAUAUAUAUAUAUGAAUAUACAGCGUAUAUUUGACCUGCCAUCCUACCAGUGGGUUUGCUAUUUAUACAGGUCUGGGCACUUUUUUAUUUUGAUAGGCUGCCUCCAGAUUUGCAUGUUUUAUAUUGAUGUACUGUUUGAGCAUAAAUUGAAGCAUAUGUAGCCGUGUUGUUUGGAGACCCUGUAUAACAUUUGCUUAUUUUUGUACACAAAAGUAGUUAAAGAAGUAUAUAGCUGUGAAUGUAGUAAAGGAAGUAAAGUUUUAAUAUAAAUUUUUGGUCUGUAACCGUUCUUCAAUCACAUGCUCACACACACACACACACACUGCAUAUACAUUGGAGUUCACAGUUGGAGAACAAUUUAUAAAACGUUUUUCUGAAAUGUUAAUCUUCAUCACUUAAAAUUUAAAGGAAUAUUAGUUGUGGGUAUACCAAUGUUCUAGGGUGUUUUACAAUAUAACCAAGCCACUUUAACA